UCUAACCAAAGGUAUCUUAAGACAAUAAUACGUUCUUUGUAAUGAUUAUGAUGAGUGAUGACCAAAGUUCGUUGCUAGCGAUAUACAGGAGCUUUUAUACACCCAUCACCCAUGUCACAAAAAUUGGUCUAUUCCACAACUUAUAAUAUUAUUUAUUUUAUUUUUUUUAUUUAUCAAAAAAUAAACAACACAUUUUUAUUUCCUGAGCGCGUUAAGGAAGUACUGUAGUAGGGUCCAUACCACGAACAGCUACUUUUGUUUUCUGAGCAUUUAAUGGCCCCUAGAGUACUAAAAAGUAGGUCUCGCAUUCCCUGUCUGUCCGUGUCGAUUUUUAUUAGACAGAUUUCCGAAACUACUAGACCGAUUGUCGUCAAAUUUUAUGUUUUUUCUAGCAUAUGCGGGUGCUUUGAGGACGAAAUGUCAGUGGCUUGUAUAAUCAACAUCUUUUUGUUGGCAUGCUCCAUCACUUUCAUGGGCUUAGGUUCUACAAUUUUCAGAGAGGAAAAUCAAGAAAUUCCAAGAUUCGCAAGUGCUUCAUUAGGCACUUUUGCUAUAGUCACUGGUUUUUUCAUGCUGAUCUUUUUUAUCUGCGGCGUUUGUUUGUACGACGCGUAUAAGAAUACUUAUUAUGUUUCUGUUGCUAUCCUUAUGAUUCUACAAAUCUUAGCUCUAGCGGCUACUAUUCAAAACAAUGUCUACGUUUAUACUGCUGUCAAAACAGUGUUUGAUGAUUAUGUCCACGAUCCGCAAAACGAGAACAAUAAAAAAAUUGUUGAUUCUGCUCAGCAAGCUUUUGAAUGUUGUGGAGUUGAAGGUCCACAGUACUGGAUUUCUUCUGGUUUCAAGCAGUAUCCCGCUAGUUGUUACAAACUGAGCUCGACUGAUCAAGAAUUAUACGGUCGGGGAUGCGUAUCUAGCAUUCGAGAAAGAAGGAUGCCAAAAUUCAACGCCCUUGGUGGAAUAGCAGCUAUAUCAGUGAUAUUGGAGGGUCUUGAUGUCAUUUAUUUUUACAUCUUAAACAAGGACGAUUCUUCAGAAUGGCGAAAAUUACUUGGGUAAUUGUAAACGGAAAUACGUAUUUUGCAUAUGUACCUAUUGCAUAAUUCCAUUAAAAACUUGUUUUUAUUUGCAAA